AUGACAACCGAACCCGCGUCGUCUCUGUUCCCCAACCGCCCCAUCCGACCUUUACCGAAACGGCGACUCAAAGAGCGCUUGACCCCCGAGGUUGCAGACUCGAUCAAAUAUCCUCCGCUUCCUCAUAACUCAACAUCGUUAUUUUCAUACCCGUAUCCGCUGCCGGAAGAAUACCCUGAAUCUGGGUCAGCGGUGGGCUCGCGUCAUGAGCGCAAGCCGCAUAUCAACGGGAUUGGGCAUCACGGUAAAGUUGAGGGCGGCGGAACGAGGCAAAGCAUAACGAACCGUGCUACUCCACAACAUUCUAGUCUCGCAACACGCCCGAAGUUGGAAUACGGGCGAUACGGCGAGUCAAUGCAGCCUCCCUCGGCGGCGUCCUCGGCUGACGGAUAUGACUCCCUCGAGAACACUAAUAACAAGAAGAGGAAAAUCCCGACUGCUGGAGACUCUGCACCGGGCGGAGGUCACGUCAUCAGCGACUCUCUCUCUGGUCCGGGCCCGAUCGCGACCCACGCUCAGUCGGCGGAGGGGCAAGACGAGCUCCUGAGCCCGGCGUCCGCGCCUUAUUACGGCUCCGGAAGCCUUGGCUCAGGCGUUCAUAACGUUCCUGGCCCGGGCCGAGGUCGUUAUGGGCGGCCGAGGAGUGGCAAAAACUCUUUGCGACCCCUCUAUGACUCAACUAACAGUUGGGCCGGGAGGAGUGAUAAAUCACGUCCAGGUGAAAGCACUGGGAUCAUCUCGAAUGCUAUCGCCAAGGCGGAAAAGCUGCCGCCACCCGAAGGGCAAGACAACAUCAGCCUCCUACAUCAGCCGCCGCCCGCCAAACGCAAUCCCGCCUCGACUCUCUUCACGUUUACCUGCGACUCACAAGUCCCGGGGUCGUUGGCCUGGCCCGGCGCGGAUCGACAUAUGGCGAUGCCCCACUACCAAGGGACUGCUACAGCGAACCACAACAAGGAGAACUGGUCGCGCGCGCCCCAAUCAGCACACAGCCGACACCCCGGUCAGAUGCUUCCACCAACUUCGAAUGCGGACGCUUCGGCAAGGGCCGGGAUGAACACGCAAGGUCAACACCCAAGCGCGCCUCCCAAGCCCACCCGCCGAAGUGCGACAAAGGAGUACCUUGCUGCGGCCAGGGCACGCCGUCGGGAAACUCAACUCUACAACAAGCGCCACCCGCCGAAUCCCGAGGAUAUGUGGGUCUGCCAUUUUUGUGAAUACGAAUGGAUUUUUGGACACCCUCCCGAGGCGCUCGUUCGGGCGUACGAGAUCAAAGAGCGGAAGCAGAGACAGGUGGAGGAGCAGCGGAGAGCCCAGUGGGAAAGGAUGAAGAAGGGCAAGCAUAAGGGAAAGAAGAAUAGCAAACUUCCGACCAAAAACAACGCCGCUGCGCAAGACCUACACCAUCAUGGGGAUGGUCGCGGCGCCCCCAACGACCAUUACGACCACGGGGCCCAGGAGGACGACGACGAGUACUACGACGACGAAUAUUACGAAGACGAAGACUACGAUGGCGAGGACGAGGUGGCCAUCGAAGGACCGGGCGGGAGCUUCAAGGCGCAUACCAUCCCUGGUCAUUCCGGUGACAGUUCUGCCGUCCACGAUGGAGGUGGGACCUAA